AUGUCCUUUAUCAACUAUCAACUUAAUGACGAUUUGGAAAAUGCACGAGCAACUUAUGGGUUAACAUUCGUAAUUGCGCGCUCAUCAGCAUUGGUUCUGCAUAUUGAUGCUGCUAUGAUCUUGUUUCCUGUUUGCCGAAAUUUAAUUACUAUGAUUCGUGCCACACCUUUAAAUAGGAUUAUUCCCUUUGACAAUCAUAUUGAAUUUCAUAAAGCUAUUGGAUGGUCAAUCGUAUUUUUCUCGCUGCUUCAUACAGUUUCUCAUUGGAUUAACUUUUAUGAAUUAUCCAAGGCAAAUAAUGGUGGUAUAAUAAUGUGGUUUCAACUUAAUUUUGCCACAGGACCUGGUGCUACAGGUUAUGUAAUGUUAAUCUGUUUGUUAGUUAUGGUGGUUACCGCGACAGAAGGUAACAGACGAAAUCAUUUUAAUCGUUUCUGGUACCUUCAUCAUCUUUUCAUUUUUUUCUUUGGUGCUUGGUCUUUUCAUGGCGCAUUCUGUAUGAUUAAACCCGACCGCCCACCAUACUGCGACAAUAUUGCUGCAUUUUGGAAAUAUUGGAUCGCAUCUGGAGUUAUUUAUGUUGGUGAACGUAUUCUCCGUGAAAUACGUGCACAUCAAAAAACUCGUAUUUCAAAGGUUAUCAUGCAUCCUUCAUGCGUUGUGGAAGUUCAGAUUAAAAAGGAUAGUAUUGUAACUAAAGUUGGGCAAUAUAUAUAUUUAUGUUGUCCAGAAAUAUCAUAUUGGGAAUGGCAUCCUUUUACUUUAACUUCCGCCCCUGAAGAAGAUUAUGUCUCAGUUCAUAUACGUGUUGUUGGCGAUUUCACCGAAGCUUUCGCUAAAACGCUUGGUUGUAAUUUUGAUGAAGAAAGAUUAACUAAAAAUAGAGAAAAAAGUCAAUAUGAAGGAAUUGAUAUUUCUUCAAACAAUCCUGAAUUUCAAAACAACCUACCCAAAAUUAUGAUUGACGGUCCUUUUGGAAGUGCAUCGGAGGAUGUAUUCAAUUUUGAGAUAUCGAUACUUAUUGGAGCCGGCAUCGGUGUCACCCCAUUCGCAAGUAUUCUUAAAAGUAUCUG